AUGCCUCGUCAGCGGACCCAAGCCGGUCAGAGAUCGGUCGUGCUCGUCACUGUGUGCCGUGUGAGCGCGGCUCUGGCCUCCAGUCCCGCGCGCGAGAUUGAAGUCGGUCAGAGAGGCUGCAAGAGGCUCGUACGAUCAGCAGAGGCUCAAGCAGAGUGCAACUUGAGCCUGGACAUCGACACGGGUGCGCUAUCGAGCGUCGUGCGGCAUCCCGCGGAACAAGACCGGACUGCCAUCAGCGACGUGGAAAAACUAUCGUCUGAGCUACAGCAGACCAGGCUAGCCGGAUCAUCAUCAGCCUCCUCCUCGCCGUCCUUGCCCGGAGAAGCCAAACUCCAGUGCAAGCCAAGACGAGGAGAGAACGACUUUCCAGCCCUUGGGGCUCCAGGCUCGGGUCAUCCCAACUCCUUAUCCGCCAACUCGAACCUGUUCGGCCAGGGCAACCUCUUUGGAUCGGCCCCGACCGGCGCGAGUGCGGGCACCAGCGGCGCAGUAGGAGGUAGCUACGCCUCCCAAGCAGGUCAGCAGCAUCACCACCAUCAGCAACAUCAUCACUUUACCGGCUCAAACGGCAUCAACGCCUUCAGACGGACCUCGGCUACAACAGGUCAGCCUGCCACUGACUUCAGCGUCACUCCGGACGACUUUCCGGCUCUGGACGGGGCUAGCAAUCCUUUGCCGCCGCCGCCAGGCUUGGGCAACAUCAGUUCGCUCUCCAACGCGCCAGGUCUCGGUACGGGCAUGUCGAGCAGUCAGCAACAACAACAAGAGCAGGCCAACGUUGCUGCAGCGCUCGCUAGGCGGCAAAACAGCCACUCGUCUGUCGCUGCUGCCGCGGCGGCCUCGUACCUCAAUACUGCGAACCACGGCGUCAGGACGCUGUCUGGCACGCUUGGCUCACUGUCUAGCGAGGAUGCGAAGCGGAACUAUGCCACCAAGCUAGCCAACGCUCAAGCAAGUCAACAGCAACAGCAACACUCCCAGCAACCAUGGAGCUUAGCCCCCCAGCCCUCGCCUCUCAAUGCAAAUGCGCCUGGCAAUCCGUACGGUCAGCUCACUAACGGAGCGAAUCACAAUCAUGCGCAACAAACGCAGUCGCGCUCGCCUUCGCAAACGCUCAAUAGUACUGCUACGAGUGGACCCAGGCCAAUAUCUGGCGCGCAGGCAGCCGCCACGCUUGCUGCCAAUGCGUCCAGACAGACUAGUCUAGCAUCGCAACCUGCUAUGACGGCGAUAGAAGCGCUACCACAGACACCUGCUCAGCAGGUUUUGCUCAGUCCGGCAGAUCGUUUCGGUCUCAAAGGCUUACUGCAGAUCAUCAGGAGCAAUGAUCCAGAUGUCAGCCUGCUGUCGCUCGGCACGGAUCUAUCGAAGCUGGGAUUAGAUCUGAAUCAAAAAGACAAUCUUUAUCCUACCUUUGUCUCACCAUGGUCAGAGACAGAUCAACACCCGGGCUUGCACAUCGAGCCAGAAUUCCAUCUGCCGGCUUGCUACAACGUUCAGCCACCGCCAGCACAAAGCAAGCUGGGCGUUUAUUCAGACGAGACGCUGUUCUUCAUCUUCUACACCAGUCCGAGAGACGUGAUGCAAGAGUUUGCGGCUCAAGAGCUAUACAAGCACAACUGGCGCUAUCACAAGGAGCUCAGGCUAUGGCUCACCAAGGAGACCGGCACAGAGCCAACUCAAAAGACGGCGACAUUCGAGCGCGGCUCGUAUGUAUUUUUUGAUCCUUCAUCUUGGGAGAGGGUCAAGAAGGAGUUCGUUCUCGUGUAUGAGCAGCUAGAAGUCCAGACACCUCACUGGCCGAGGAAUGCGAUGUACGAAGCAAUGGAUGCAUCCAAGGGAAAGUGGGUAUAUUGCCGUUAUGCCAUGCCAGUCUCGAAGUCCGUGCUUAUCGCACAGAUUCUCAGACAGCGUCUCGCUUACCGCCAGCUAUCGACAGCUGCUGCCCAUGCAGCUCAGUCAGCCCCCGGAAGGGGUGGCAUUGAGCCGCCGCUCAAAGGGCUGAGGAUCGUCGAUCUCACGAGAGUGCUGGCCGGCCCAUAUUCGACCAUGUUGCUCGCCGAUCUGGGCGCCGAUGUCAUCAAGAUCGAGCACCCGACCAGAGGUGACGAUACCCGGGCAUGGUACCCACCCUUUGCACCUAGCACCGGCGCCAAGGCUCACCCGGCGCCGCCUGCGCUCGCACAAGACGGGUCUGAGAAAGUCUCGACCACCAAGGAUGACUCACAAGCGGACUGGUCUAAUUUGCCGCCUGAAUCCGCUUAUUUCCUCAGCGUUAAUCGCGGCAAGAGGAGCCUUGGCCUCAAUCUCAAGACACAAGAAGGACAAGCUAUCGUCAAGGAGCUCAUCAAAAAGGCGGACGUGCUCGUGGAGAACUAUGUGCCGGGCAAGCUGGCGGAAAUGGGCUUAGGCUACGAAGACUGUCAUUCCAUCAAUCCGGGAAUUAUCUAUGCGUCCAUUACCGGUUAUGGCCAGACCGGUCCUUUCAGAACUGCGCCAGGAUACGAUGUCAUGAUCGAAGCGGAAGCUGGUCUCAUGCACAUCACAGGCGAGCCAGAUCGUGCGCCCGUCAAAGUGGGCGUGGCGAUCACUGAUCUCACAACGGGACUUUACGUGCACGGAGCGAUCAUGGCUGCGCUGCUCGGUCGGGCGAGGACGGGGAAGGGCGCUUGGAUUGAUGCCUCUCUGUUCGACUCGCAAAUCGCUUCGCUGGCCAAUAUCGGUAGCAACUAUCUCAUCGCUGGUCAAGAGGCGACAAGGCAGGGAACGGCGCAUCCCAGUAUAGUGCCCUAUGAGACAUUUGCGACGAAGGAUUCGUUCAUCAUGAUCGGUGCAGGCAACGAUGGUCAGUUCAGGAUAUUAUCGCGCCUGCUUGGCCAGCCGGGUUGGUCGGACGAGGCUCGCUUCAAGACAAACGGCGAUCGUGUCGCCAAUCGAGCCAUCUUGAAGGAUCUCAUAACCCGAGCGCUCUCAGCUCAGACUACUACAUCAUGGGUCGAAGCAUUCACGGGCAAGGGUAUUCCCUUCGCGCCCAUUAACAAUAUCAAAGGCACCUUUGAACAUGCACAAGCAAAGGCGAGGGGCGUAGUGGUGGAAGUUGAGCAUGCUCGAGCGGGUAGGAUCAAGCAGCUCGCUCCUGCAAUGUACUACAAUGGUCAAAGAAUGCCGGUAAACCGUCCACCGCCCGUCCUGGCUCAGCAUACUGCCGAAGUUCUUGCAGAAGAACUCGGCUACGAUGUCGAAAAGAUUCGUCAGCUCCGCGCGAGUAAGACCGCCGAUGCGAGCAUGACACCAUCUGGACAGCGUCGAGGGACACGCAUGGCAAAGCCACGCUCAGCUUUGAGCUAUCAUGAAGACAUAGCAUGCCCAUAUCCUGUUGUAGACCAUGUGAAGAGCAAGCCUGCCGUCGAUGUGAUCUUGCGACGCCUUUUGAUUUUCAGCUACUCGAGCUUGGCGCUUGGCGCUUGGCGACACCGCGCGUCGCGUACUGCCGCUGGACAAGCGAUGCAUCCGAGCGGCUGA